CCGACCUUCCGCACUUCUCCUGCUCCCCUCCUCCGGGCUCCCGCCCCUGCUGCCACAACCGCUGCCGCCCCCGUCGCCUCCCUGCCCACCUUCAUCAUGUCCGCAGCGACCGCUCUCAAGACCCUGAGCGACUACCGCACGCGCCACUCGCGUGCCUCGCAGGAUACCUUCGAGAAGGGCUUCUACAUCCUUGAGCAGAAGUCGCUGGCGAAGCUGGGUGAUGAGGCAUGGCCCUUCCUGGAGCAGUUCGCACUCGCAGCGCUCGACAUUGGGCGGUUUGAUGUGGCGGAUGACUGUAUCCGCGAGCUGAGCGACCAGUUUCCGGACUCACCGCGCGUGAACAUACUGACUGGGAUCCGCAUGGAGGCGACUGAGUCGCCGGAGACGUGCCUCAAGUACUACGACGAUAUACAGGACACGGAAUCCCCGAAUCCGACCAUCUGGAAGCGCCGGAUAUCCGUCCUACGACGAGCGGGCAAGAUAGAGAAGGCGAUCGAGGAGCUCUGCCAGCUGCUGGAUACCUUCUACAACGACCUCGAGGGCUGGGUCGAGCUUGCAGACAUGUACUCGUCGUGUAACCAAUACACCCCCGCCCUCCAAUCCCUUUCACACGCCCUCCUCCUCGCCCCGCAGAACCCCUUCUACUUCCUCCAGUUCGCCGAGACUGCACACUCCGCGGGCGACAUCCCUCUGGCGCUCAAGAUGUUCUUGAUAGUGGUGGACAUGUGCGACCGCGACCUGCCGACGGCGGCGAAGGACGCGGUGCCGACGGGGUUGGCGGUCAGGGCGUGGUGGGGUGUGAAGUUGUGCGCCCGCCAACUCCUCGCUUCCCGGAAUGCCAAAUCUGCGUCCGACACCGCCAUCCCCAAGGACCUUGAGCUCAUCGACCGACUCGCGACAGAGCGCGUCCUCACCUCGUACUCCUCGCCCGAGAAGGGCAAGGCGCCGGCGGGCAGAGAAGUGGUGUUGGCGUUCAUGAAGGCGUCGUAGGCGGGAGACCUCAGAUAACAUGGCAUCGUGGCGCAUCAUUUCUCCAUGUAUUGGGAUUUGAGCUUUUUCCGCCAGUGGAUUGAGAAUCUACUACCUUUAUACAUCGUCAAUCGAGGCCAAGACUGUGUGCUAUAAAAGCCCAAGGUGCUGGCCUGUCGUUUGAAUUUGG